AUGAGGACAUAUAUGCGACAAGCUGUGGCGGCCGUUUUGGCUGUCUUGCCGAUUGCAAGCGCAAUCACUCCUAGGCAGAUGAUUGCUGCCCCAAGAAGGAGUGCACUGUCACCCAAUCCGUCAGGCGAAAUUGGUGUCUUCAGUUCAACAACCUACUCCUGGGAAGAUCAUGAAUCCGCGACAACAUGGAAUAUCAUGAACCUGACCACAGGAGAAAUCUCGUUGCUCUACCAAGGGUCUGAUAUUUCCGAAAUUGUUUGGGUUGGUCCAAGUGACACCAGCAUCCUGUAUAUCAACGGAACCAACGAGGAAGACGAUGGCGGCAUUAGCAUAUAUGGGGGCGAUAUCACUGCGAUCGACGAAGCCUAUUUUAUCGCGUCCCUACCUGCCCCAUACUCUGGGCUGAAAGCUGUUGUCACCCCUUCUGGAGACAUCAACUUUCUCUUAAACUGCCUUGCAUGGCCCAAUGGCACGGCAUACAACGAGGCUUUGGUUGAAGAGCCGGUAAGCACAGCAAGAAUCUACGACAGCAUCUACGUGCGCCACUGGGAUACCUGGCUGUCUGAGAGAAAAUACGCCGUUUUUGCGGGAACCCUGACCGGGGGAGAUGAAUACUCUUUCUCUGGAGAUUUGACCAACCUCGUCACGGGAAUCGGCAACGUUACUCGUGCCGAAAGUCCUGUUCAACCGUUUGGGGACUCUGGUGACUACGACAUUACACCCGAUGGCAGCACCGUUGCCUUUCUGACCAAGAACGUGGAUUUGCCCUUGGCAAACUCUACAUCCUCCCAGAUUUAUCUGGUUCCUCAUGAUGGGUCUCGCAAGGCGGUUCCUAUCAAUGGAUUUUCAGGCGCUUCAACUCCGCCCAAUGCUCAAGGCGCCUCAGCUCACCCCACCUUUUCUCCGGAUGGCUCCAAGAUCGCAUAUUUCCAAAUGGACCAAAUCUCCUACGAAUCUGACAAGAACAAGAUUUACGUCGCAGAUGUCGACUAUGAAAACUUCAACAUCACUGUUCUCGCAGAGGCCUGGGACAGCACCCCUGAUCAAGUGGCAUGGGCCAAUGAUGGCAGAUCACUCUUCGUGGCAGCACCAGAUCUCGGCAAUGAGCGCAUCUUCGAGAUUCCUCUGACGGCCGGAGCCAACUUUGAGCCUACUAACAUUACAAACCAAGGCGUCGUUGCCGGUUACUCUCUCCUUCCAAACGGCGAUAUUCUGGUGUCAGAUUCCAAAAUUUGGUCUUCCCGCGACUUCUAUAUCAUCUCCCAAGAGGGAGAAGUUGUCAACGAUCUUUUCCAUGCCAAUCAGGUCGAUCCUGAGCUGGCAGGUCUGGGGCCGAGAGAUGUCUCGGAAUUCUACACGUUGGGCAGCUUCACCUCAGUUCAGAGUUGGAUCGUAUAUCCGGAGGGAUUUGACCCUGGCAAGAAAUAUCCUCUAGCAUUUAUCGUUCACGGUGGUCCUCAAGGUGGACACUACAACUCGUGGAGCACGAGAUGGAAUUUCAAAGUGUGGGCAGAUCAAGGCUAUGUCGUCAUUGCACCCAACCCCACCGGAUCUACGGGGUGGGGUAUGGCUUUCCAAGAUGCCAUUCAAAACAACUGGGGAAGCUAUCCUUAUGAGGAUCUUGUUGCCUGUUGGGAGUAUGUCAACAGCACCCUGGAUUACGUCGAUACCGAGAACGGAAUAGAGGCCGGAGCAUCGUAUGGUGGCUUCAUGACCAAUUGGAUCCAAGGCCACGAUCUGGGAAGGAGAUUCAAGGCCCUUGUUACACAUGACGGCGUCACGAACAUGGUUGGUCAAUAUGCGACCGAAGAGUUGUGGUUUACUCAGCGCGAUAUGAACGGUACUCUCUGGGCCAACAGAGACCACUAUGAACAGUGGAAUCCAAUCAACUUUAUCGACAACUGGGCAACCCCUCAUUUCGUGGUCCACAAUGAUUUGGAUUUCAGAUUGCCCGUUUCCGAGGGUCUUAUGCUUUUCAAUAUCCUGCAAGAGAAGGGUGUCCCUAGUAAAUUCCUGAAUUUCCCCGAUGAGAAUCAUUGGGUUCUCAACCAGGAGAAUAGUCUAGUCUGGCACAGAGAAAUUUUCGACUGGAUUAACCACUAUUCGGGAAUCAGUGGAUAA